GUAGAAACAACAGAGACAGCCACGAUGUUUUCAUCCACAGUUCAGAACACACCAGGACAGACUGCACAGCAAUCUACUUUUACUGCAGAGCGGUCUACAACAGAGCAAUCUACAACCAUAGACAAGGGUACGACAACAGAACUACCCAACACCCCAUCAACCCCAGAACAGUCUACAACCGAAGCAUCAGCAACAGAGUCAACAAAAUCGACAAUGAAGUCGUCUACAGUGGAUCUGACAACACUUAAGUCUACAGCAAUCACAGAACAAUCGACCAAAGAGAAGACAACAACAACAAAACAAACUACAACAACGGUAGACUUGGAACAGUCUUCAACCUUAUCAACCAUAGAGCAAUGGACAACAACUAUUCCAACCUUAGAGCAGUCUACAACAACGGAUAAGUCCACAACCACAUCACUUAUAGAACAGUUGACGACAGAAACAUCUAGUACAGACUCACCAACAACAGCGACAAUAGAGCAAACUUCAUUAGAAAUAUCCCAAGAGCCUAUUACUUUUUCGACCACGGAGAAGUUUACAUCUGAACAAUCACCAGUACAAUCGACAACAGCGGCUACCACAGGCCAGUCUGCGACGUCUUCGGUUAAUUGGACUACGAAGCCGAUGGUUACAAACACCACGGAUAGCAAUGGUACUACUGAUAUAGAAACAUCCAGAAAUACUGAUUUCACAUCUUCAACAUCAGUAUCAGUUGAGAUGGUAAGUUCUGUCUACCUUCACCUUGUAUCCUACUGUGCUUAUUUGAUUACAAUACUGAUAUUAAAUACAUCAUUAAGUAUUGGCUUUUUUCACUAA